GAAAAAAAUCCAAAUUCCACUCUUAAAGGAAAUCCGUCCAUUUUCCGGUCCAGAGAGCGGGAAAAAAAAUGGAAAAGAGUUCAGCGUCGAAGCGUAAAAUUGCAGACAUGGAGUCGAAGCAACCUUCAAUCAGAGUAUUGGGGCAGCGGUCUAUCCCUACAUCAUUCAUCCUCGGUUCUUCCAAUCGUUCUAAAGACUCUAGAGGAAGCGUACCCAUCGAAGCUCCCAACAAGAACUUGCGCCUGUCGCUCUCUGAUUUCCUCGAGCGAAAGCUGCACAGAUCUCCUGCGCUACCCAAAACAGUUCAGGGGAAGCAGAGACCAUUCUUGUCGCCAGUAGGUUGUGGGGAUGUUAGUGGAUCUAGUGAAGGACAGAAUAAGGUCAGGAAAAGAGGCAGGGAACUGGUGGAUUGCGUUAUUGAUAAUCUGGUUUUUGAACAGUUCAAGCAUAGUAGGAAAGAGAGAGAAGAUUGUAGAGUUUCAUGUGGUGUCAAUGAAGUUGGAAGCAAUAGCACAGACGAUAUGCAAGAGUCAAGAAAAAGAACCCCAUUUGAAGGAGGGGAUGAGAAGUGCGCUGCUCGAAAGCAGUUGGUAGUUCUUGGAGAUGAUCCAAAACCCAAGCAUAAAAUUUGUGAAGAUAGAUUUGCUGGCAAAACGAAACCAAAAUCUCUAUAUAAUCACUAUGCAAAUGGAGGUGGUUGGUGGGACUGCAAUAUGGAAGGUAUUGACAGUGAAGAAGUUGGCUGCAGUGAAGUAUGGGAAGGGAUGGGCAGCAUAACAUUAGGAGGACUGGAGUGGCAUUGAUUCAGAUGACAUUCGACAGUUUGCUGAAAAACCAACACUUGGUCUUUUGAGGGUUGUUUGGUUAAUAUAUUUAUAAUGCAAAGGAAAACUUGGUUAAAUGCUAAACAUUUGAGGCAUCUGAGCUCUGAUGGGUGGCAUAUGUAUUUUGGCGAAUGUCAACGAAUGAAGUUCAGAAACGUUUGGAACUCUUAGGUCAUUGCCAGGCUAUCACAGUGCCCCUGCAACUAAUUCUAUUGUUAUUUAUUUUGUAUGCAUAUGUGCGAAAGGUGGUGUUUGUGUUUGUGUUUUUGUUUCUAAUACACAUUCAGCUAGUAAUUGAAUUGAAAGGACAGGAUGACUGCUAA